UUGUACGUAGUUGUCCUGUACACUAAGAUGUGUACUCACUGUGUACUAACAUCAGCAAAGACACAGCAAUGGCGUCAUCACUUCUAUUCUGUUGUCUGUAUUAUUUUCUGGCUGUAGCUUCAACUGUUCCAGAUAUUUCUAUCGACUUGCAAGUUUUACCAAAGGAGAUCACCAUCGGCAGAACCCAAAGUCUAGAAGUGCUUUGUCAAACGAGAUUGAUCAAUUCUUCUCUCUUCUCUGUGUCACUGUUACAUUCCCUAGGCACAGAUGCUGCCAACUACACUUACAUAGCCACUGUGGCAAACGUGGACGGAUCCUUGAAAACCAUUUCUGACAACUCAGUUAACGUCACCGGAGCCAUAAAUAACACGGGGAAAUCAUACGUCAGGCUAACGGUGGCACGACCUACAUUCAAAAGAACCGGAUUUUACCAGUGUGAGAUCAGCGGCAUCGAUGCAUCGGGAAAACCCGUUGUCACUUCCAACUAUGCGCAGGUCCGUUCGUCAAACACCGAUAUGGACGCAGUUUUUGAAAAAAUCGAAAACUUCACACAUUUGUAUUACGAAACAAUACAAUCGUUAGAGUCAAAGAUUGGCGUCAGCGCUAAUAUCAGCGCAGCUAACAGCGAUAUACUGCGUCUUCAGACAUCUUUUACACAGUUAAAUAAGAGCGUUGUAGCAUUUCAAGAUACGUCAGCCCAAGAAGCUAAGAAUUUCACAAAUUUAUUUUACCUGCUUCAAAAUGAGGUCAAAUUUGCUACCUCGAAAUGCGAAACAAAGUUAAAAGAAAUGAGUUUUUUCCAGACCAAUUUUCAGUCAACCCUACAAACUCUGACAGGCAAGCUAGAGGCGUUUGAAAAGCAGCAAGCUAUGGCCAACUUAGAUUUGAAACUACAUGCCAAGACACUUGCCUCUCAACAGUUGACAAUGGCCUCGCUCAAAAUCCAGUCCGGAAACUUUAUGUGCGGCCAAUAUGUCCGUAACUUCCCGAUAGCCUUGACCCGAAAUGAACGAGCGGAAGACUUCCAAAUCACUUUCCCGACCCCCUUCGCAAAUCAGCCAAUCAUUCUGCUCCACGUGACGCGCUAUGAUGUUUUCAGUGGCGAGAAUUUCAGAUUUGAUCUUGAUAAAUACAACGUUACGAAUUCUGGCUUUGUUGGCAGGUGUUUGACCUGGGGAACUACAGUUAUAUAUAGAAUCAGAGUUGAAUGGACGGCACUCGACAUACCAACAAAUGUAAUUCAAAAUAAAACCCAGCAAAACUAAGCUACAAUGAUUAAAUCCCCCAUCCUCUAGCUCAUUACGAACAAUGAAAAAGUUUGAAUUUCUAAGCAAUGUUUUACAAAAAAAUCAAAGACAUGGAAAUAAUUAUCGCUAGAAGUUCUUAUUUUAUCUUAUAAAUUGCAGACGUCCCUUCAAAGCAGAAGAUAAUUACGUCCUAGGUGUUCCCAUGUGUAAAUCUAGAGGUGCAUGUUAAUUAGAUAUUUAAACUGGUACUAGAGAAAGGAGUGGCUAGUCGAGGAAAUUAUGUGCUUCUGAAUGAAUCGGGGGAGGCAAUCGUGUAAAUGUCAAAUAAUCAGGGGAGGCAAAGCUAUCUGUUUAUGUUAUCUUUAUUUUUUAGUUUUCAGUUUACCAAGAGGAAUAAAAAGGUAAACAUUUCUUGUUAGAUUCUAAAAAGAAAUAAUAAACUCAGUCAUCUAUGA